UUAAAAUAUGCUUGCGCCUUUUCAGCACUUACGGUAUGAAAUUUGCUGCGUCCAUUCUGCGGUCAUUACGGCCGACCGUUGGUUUUCAUCUGUGGCCAGAUCGGAGCACGUGACAGCACUCACAGAGAGAUAGAGAGAGGGAGAAAGACAGACCACCCGGCUAUCUCCAUCCCCGCAUAUCCGCGCGGAUGAAACACCGGUCACCUUCACCUUCAGAGCAGCAUCACGGGAAGCGAUCCCGUGUUCUCCCCGCGGCUGCCGCCACCUCACAGCAGGACGGAAUGGAGGACAAAACACCGUCAAAUCCGCGGGAACUCACCCAAAACCCGCUCAAGAAGAUCUGGAUGCCGUGUAAAAAUGGCCUUCCUGAAAGACACAUUUCUCAAAGAAAGGUAUGUAUGACCAACUGUCCCACCCUGAUUGUGACAGUCGGCCUUCCUGCCAGGGGGAAGACCUACAUCUCCAAGAAGCUGACCCGCUAUCUUAACUGGAUCGGAGUGCCCACCAGAGAGUUUAAUGUGGGACAGUACAGGAGAGAGUGUGUGAAGAUCUACAAGUCCUUCGAGUUCUUCCGUCCAGACAACGAGGAGGGGUUGAAGAUCAGAAAGCAGUGUGCUUCAGCAGCCUUGAACGAUGUGCGACAGUAUCUCACAGAAGAGGGAGGCCAAGUGGCGGUUUUUGAUGCAACAAACACCACCAGAGAAAGGAGAGAAACCAUCAUCCAGUUUGCGGAGCAGAAUGGCUUUAAGGUGUUCUUUGUGGAGUCUGUGUGUGAAGACCCAGAUGUCAUAAAGGAGAACAUAGUGCAAGUGAAGCUGGGUAGCCCCGACUACACCAACUGCAACACAGAGGAGGCGGUGGAAGAUUUCAUGAAGAGGAUCAAGUGCUAUGAAAACUCGUACGAGACACUGGAUGAAGUCCUGGACAGUGAUCUCUCCUACAUCAAAAUCAUGGACGUGGGUCAGCGGUUUUUAGUCAACAGGGUGCUGGACCACAUCCAGAGCCGUAUCGUCUACUACCUCAUGAACAUUCACAUCACUCCGCGCUCCAUCUACCUGUGCCGCCAUGGCGAGAGUGAGCUCAACGUCAAGGGUCGAAUUGGAGGAGACUCGGGCCUCACUCCCAGAGGCAAAGAGUUUGCAAAGAAGCUGAGUCAUUUCAUCGAGGCGCAGGACAUCAGCGACCUGAAGGUGUGGACCAGUCAGAUGAAGCGAACCAUCCAGACCGCUGAGGCCCUCGACGUGCCCUACGAACAGUGGAAGGUCCUGAACGAGAUCGAUGCAGGUGUGUGUGAGGAGAUGAUGUACGAGGAGAUCCAGGACCAUUAUCCUUUAGAGUUUGCUCUGAGAGACCAGGACAAAUACCGCUAUCGGUACCCGAAAGGAGAGUCCUAUGAAGACCUGGUGCAGCGGUUGGAGCCGGUCAUCAUGGAGCUGGAGCGGCAGGAGAAUGUACUGGUCAUCUGUCACCAGGCGGUCAUGCGAUGCUUGUUGGCCUAUUUCUUGGACAAGACGGCAGAGGAACUGCCGUACCUGAAGUGCCCGCUGCACACUGUACUGAAGCUAACGCCGGUGGCCUACGGCUGUAAGGUGGAGUCCAUCAGCUUAAAUGUGGAAGCAGUAAACACACACCGAGAAAGACCAGAGAACGUAGAAGUGACGCGGAUAUCAGAGGAGGCUUUGCAAACAGUGCCAGCUCACCAAUGAGGCAGUGCUCCUCACCUUUCUUACAUGCACACUGUACCCUUCAAAUGCUCAAUACACCUGCCAAGCUCAGCAUCUUCUUGUAGACUUUCUUCACCACCUUCCUUCGAUUAAAUUACUCUUCACUCUCCUUAUCUUCUGUUUUUCCUCCAAUUAUAUUUUAAUAUGUGAUGAUGAUGGAAAUUGACUGGAAUCCAGUUUCUAAUUUUGAUUAUUAAUCUUCUGACACGGAUUUCGUGCCGUGCAUGUUCUCCCAUUUUUGGAGAAUAAAUGAAAAGAUGAUGAAGGUUUUUUUUUUCCCUUCUUCUUCUUCUUCUUUUUGAGCUGAUGCUGCAGUCUGAACUGUGAAGCAGUGAAUCUCCAGCACCUUUUCAUGUUGAAGCCGUGAUUACGUGCAGUUGAUUUUCUCAUUGAUCUUACCUGUUGAACUGAGUUUUAACUUUUUACCAGUGUCUCAUCACUUUAUAUUUCUGUUGGUAAAAUCCAGGACACUGAGCUUGGUUUUUUCAGCAUUGCACAACUUAGGUUUUGUUUUUUUGUUUUUUUUAAUAUUUUGCACAUAAAAAUCAACUCUGUGUUUAUCACCUCAUUAAAUGUCUUUGAUUGCAGUUUGUCUCCAGUUUUAGGUCGUUUAACACUGUCUAAUGAAGAUCCUGAAACAGUCGUACUUUGUUUUGUUUUUUUUUGUUGUUGUUGUUGUUCAGUUAUGUGAAGGUUAUUCUGGUAUAUUCACUGAUCAGAAGCUAUUUCUGUUUAAUGUUUCAAAAUAAACGACACCCAACAAUUUCAUGUAUCCUUA